CAUGCGCAUCCGAAACCUGACAUCGGAAGUACUUCGUUGCUUCAUUCAAGUGCCGGGUGCCUGCCUUGGGGAAAAGGUCACCGCGCAGCGAUUAACGUUGUCUAUAAUUUAAAUAAAACAUCUCUAAAAAAAAAAAAUCUGAAAACACAGAAGCCGAGUGUGUUCUGUGGUUUUGUCUUUUAGACGGAGGGACUCGGCUUCGUUAACCUUCGCACCUACCAGAAUUAAGAUCGUCUGGACUAACGUUAUUGUUGUAAAAGAUGAGUGGUCAAUCAAAUAACAACAAAGACUUUUUGGAGCAGCUGCGGAUGCAGGAACUCUAUGACCGGAGAAAUGAGGAUGGCUCCUCUGACCCCAACACCUACAUUGACCCAGAGGAUGGGACUGUGUAUGACUGGGACCAUGAAAAGAAGGCUUUUUUCCCUAAAAUAACAGAGGACUUCAUUGCAGCCUACCAGGCCAACUAUGGCUUCACUCAGGAUGGCCAUCCAGAUGCCAACAACGCUGCAGUGAGCAGCUCCAACCCAGCAGCCUCAGAACCAGACAGCAAGCCCUUAGAAAAGGAGAAACCAGAAGAUGCCACCCAAAACCCGGACCCAGACCAGGAUGAGACUGCAGCUAAAGAAGCCAAACAUAAAGGGGAGAAGAGGAAAGCAGAUCCAGGAUGGUUUGAUAUCGAUGACAAUAAAAACACGAACGUCUACGUAUCAGGCCUGCCUCCUGACAUCAGCAGUGAGGAGUUUGCUGAGCUGAUGUCCAAGUGCGGCAUUGUUAUGCGGGACCCCAUUACUGAAGAGUACAAGGUCAAACUCUACAAGGACAAAGAGGGAAAUCUGAAGGGAGAUGGCCUCUGCUGCUAUCUCAAGAAGGAGUCAGUGGCAUUGGCUCUGCGUCUGAUUGACGAGUCAGAGGUCCGAGGUUACAGACUCCACGUGGAAGCAGCACGGUUUGAGCUAAAGGGCCAGUAUGAUGCCAGCAAGAAGAAGAAGAAGAACAAAGAUUAUAAGAAGAAGAUGCAGCAGCAACAGAAACAGUUGGACUGGAGGCCAGAGAAGCAAGGAGAAGUGAGGAAGAGACAUGAAAAAGUUGUCAUCAUUAGGAACAUGUUCCACCCCAGUGACUUUGAGGAAGACCCACUGGAGUUGAAUGAGUAUCGCGAGGAUCUGCGGUCAGAGUGUGAGAAGUUUGGGGGAGUCAAGAAGGUCAUCCUCUUUGAUAGACACCCAGACGGCGUGGCAUCAGUCGCAUUUAAGGAGCCUGAGCAAGCUGAUGCAUGCAUUCAGUCGUUUAAUGGUCGCUGGUUUGGAGGAAGGCAGCUGACUGCUGAGCUUUGGGAUGGAACGACAGACUAUCAGGUGGAAGAGACAACACGUGAGCGGGAGGAGCGACUGAAGGGUUGGUCUACUUUCCUGGAUGGAGGCAAUCAGGGCCAGCAGAACAACACCUCCAAGCCAGCGGAGGGCAGCACCACCUCUACAGAACCCACAGAACCCUCCAGCACCACGGAGCCUGAACAGCAUCCAAAAACAGAACCACAGCAACAGGAAGAGGAAAAGGAAGCAGACUCUACAGACAGCAGCCUGGCAGGAAGUGAUGAUGAGGAAGCCUAGAUACUGCACAUCUUUGGUCCCCAUGGCAACCAAUUAGGACAGUCCUGCUUAAUUGUGAACUGUGGCAAACCUCCGUAUUAAGCAGGCAAGGAGGAGGGAGAGGAGGUAUUUGGACAGUUGGAGCUGUUUUGUAAUGUAGAAAAAUAAAAUUCUGAUUUUUGUCUACCCUAUUUUCAUCAUUUAGGUUUACAAUGUAAUUAGACCUGCACUUGUCAAGUAUAGCCCACCUUUUGCUGAAUUUCAGUGUGCCAGUUUGUUUAGUUUUGUGCUAAUUACCCUAAAAUAUGAAUGAAUUACAAAAGACACCAGACUGAAAUUGUUGGAUUUGAGUUGUAGAAAAUGGUUCAGAUUUAGUAAUCAUAACACUGUAUUUUAAAUGAUAACAAUUCACUCAUGGUUUGUUCUUCUUGGAAUAUAGAUUUU